AUGUGAAAUCAGGCGUAUGUAGGAAUGGAAAAUAAGUUAACAGAACAGCUGACAUAAACCAACUCAUGCCUUCAUCGUACACUCUAGAACUUAACACAGACUGUGCACAUAUAGCCUAUGUGUGCACUGAAUUAAGUCAUCUUUUGCAGAGAUGAAGUUAUAUUCGUCUAUUAUCGUGACGUGAUUCUCAACAGAGAUUGUUACAAACAUGGCAACCGCAGUUAAAACCCACACUGUGUUGUGGCUGACCGUGCUGAGCGUCCUGGCUGCCCCAGCUAUCGUACACUCUUCUCGACUUAUGGUGAUUCUUCUGGACGGCUUCAGAUGGGAUUAUUUCAACAUCCACGGCAUGGGCCUCAAAGGUUUCCCCAAACUGUUCCAGAUCGGCACGAAGGUGGAGUACACAGUGCUGGAUUUUCCCACAUUAUCUUAUCCCAACUAUUACACUAUCAUGACAGGGCUGUAUGAUGACAUCCACGGGAUGGUGGCCAACUAUAUGUACGAUGAGGUUCGAGAGGAAGAGUUUCUAAUAGGUACAAAUCCUGAGUACAACCAGUCGUUCUGGUGGGAUGGCGGCGACCCGCUGUGGAUCACCGCUACUCGACAGAAGAAAUCAGCCCAUAUGUAUUACUGGCCGAACUGUGAAGUGUUGAUCAGAGGGUUGACUCCAGCCUCGUGUGUACCCUAUAUCGGUAUUCCCAGCAGACGUAACUUCAUCAAGGCUACCAGCGAGGGCAUGGCGCUGCUCCACAAAAAACGGGCAGAUGUUGUUGGUAUUUACUACGAGCUGACUGACGCCACAGGUCAUAGGUACGGACCCCGCAGUGCCGAGCUUAAACAGGUGAUCCGGGAUCUGGACGAGGACAUCUAUGGUUUACUGGCUGAUUGGGAGAGAAGAAACCUUCGGGAUAAGGUGGACAUCAUCAUCAUGUCUGACCACGGCAUGACUGAUGUGAGCCCCGAACGCGUGGUCAGGAUUGAGAAUUACGUAAACGCCAGUGACGUCCAGAGAUUCCUGGAGUACGGAGCAUUUAUGUCCAUAUGGCCUAAAGAUGGAAAGUUAGAUGAGGUGUACAACAGCCUUGUGAACGCCAGCAAACACAUGAGCGUGUACAAGAGAGAGGAAACGCCCGAACACUGGCACUACCGGAAACACUACCGAAUAUCUCCGAUUGUUGUUUCCAUGGAGACAGGAUGGAUCGUCUUAAAGCCCAAUCAAACGUACAAAUAUUACAACGAGUCGCAGCCGCUUUCUGGCACACAUGGCUAUGAUAAUACAUAUACAGAUAUGAGAGGGAUAUUCGUCGCUGCUGGUCCAAAUUUCAAAGCUUCGUUCGUCUCCAAACCAAUCCAUGCUGUAGACAUGUACCAGGUAAUGUGCAAAAGUCUGGGCAUCCAGCCGUCUGCGCAUAACGGAAGCUGGAGUCGCGUGAAGGAAAUGUGGGUUGGCUCCGCAGCCACACAUUUGGAGCUCAAUCAUUAUUUGAUUUUUGUGUGGGCUGUUGUUGUCUAUAUAUACCUAUAUAUGUAGAUUUGGUCUCAUGAAAAAGUAAGGGUGAAGUGACGCUUCAAGACGACAUCUGCCGAAAGAUCAAAUGAGCAUUACUGAAUUUUCGCUGCUGAGAUGAAGAGACAUUAUUAACAUGUUCCGAAUUUUAUGGCAGGCCGCUUGGACGGGUAGUGUACACAGUUCGAACUGCUGUCCAUUUGGUGUCGGACAGUAUUAUAUAUAUAUAAUGUAAUGUAAUUAAUAUAAUUUCUGUUUUCUAAAAUUGUAAUUCUUUUCAAGACACUUUUGCAAGGCAGAUAUUCUACAGUAUAUAUACAAGAAAUUACAAAAUAGGCCAAUAUUUUGCAUUGUGUAUUUGUGUAUUUGUAUUGACUAUAGUAAAAAUUUGCAAUUGUAUAAAGUUGCACCGAAAAAGGCUGGUCUCUGGUCGGAAUCUAGUAAUGGAGUUAUACGAUGUACAUAUAUGACCGUAGUUUAUGUAUGUUGUCCUUAUAUCUUUUAUUGUUGUAUAUGUUUCCACAAAAUGUACACUGUUUGAAAGAGGAUAUGUAGGCGAGAAACAACGCAAAACAGUGAAGUUGUUUCGCCUACUUAAAAGUGUUUGUAGUCAUGUAACAACUAUCGAUUCUUUUUCAAGAUGCUGUUCAUAGUUUUACCUAAGAGAACUGAUGACGUCACUUUUAUCAUAAUGGCAACAUUUGGUGUAUUUGAAAUUAAUGCGAAGAACGAAUCUGUUAGAAAAUAAAUCUCACAUUAAUCAGAAACGAAUGGACCCUUCAUAUGUGACAUUCUUAUGAUGGGUUAGACAAAGGAUUGACGUCACAACAAACGUAUAAAGUCGUGUAAAAGGAGAAGAUUAUGCGGUCCUCCCGAAUGGUUCAGCGAGAUGUUGAAAUGUUUAAAAGCCAUGUGUUCGAAUCCAUCUCUACCGUAAACCGAUCGAAGGCGCACUCUGGUGGUACAAGUUGUCACCUUUCAAAAUCAAACCGCUGACUCCCAAGUGUGGAUUCUUGAAAAAUAAUCAACUUCGCAGACAACAGCGUGACGUCACGAUAAAUGUGUAAGUUGUUUAAAUACAAUAUUGUACUCCGUAUUUUCCAAUGUACACACUUGUCCUCAGUGAACUACGAAGCAAUUUACACAUACGCAAAGGCUUUAUUCGCCUCUUCCUUUGGCUUUAAGCACACCUUACCUUAGAGACAACAUUCCUUGUUUAUCUAACAGCCUACCAUUUUUCCAUUAGACAUUUAAGGCAACUCUAUGUCUUUUAUACAGUGACAUGAAGCAUAUGUAAUCUAUUCUUUGAACCAUAAAGUGAGUUGCGCAAUGGUAAUAAAAUUAUUUCAGAUGAAUGUUGUGUAAAAAUGCUUUAUAGCGAAGGAAACACUUGAACAGUAAAAUCUUCACCCAGAGUUUCCAA